AUGGCCCUCGAUUGGCUGCGAGACGUUUCUGGCCUUGGAAUAGAGCUGGAUGUGUCCGACGAUUCUGCCGUUUUCCUGGGCAAUACCGCAGAGGGCAAACCAGGACAGGUUGUAGUUUGCCACAAACAUGGUGAGCUGACAAUUGGCCAAGGAGACGUGUCUUGCAGUCAAGAGGACCGGUCCGUUUUCCGUGCCGUCGAACACGUUCCAGGUGAACGUGGACGAAGCUGUGACCAGACCGAUGGUGGACUCGUCCAACCAGCUCCAGAAUAUCACCGGCUCACUCAUAAUGUUGGACUUGAGUCUCUGCUUGGUGGAGAGGUUGAAAACCUGGAGAGUUGUACCGUUUGCCCUCAGUGCAAUGACGUUCUGCGAAGGGUGCAUGAUGACGGAGUCGGCAGUCAUCGACUUUCUGGUGACUUGGUUGUUGUUUUUCAGGUCGACAAUGGCGACCGAGUUGCCCGAAUCAGAGGUUUCCCUACAGCAAACAUAGUGGUCAGACUGCAAAGUUGUGGCCAUAAAGUUGAAGGAUUGCGGGGAAAUGCCCAAAGAGGACAAUUGACAAACGUCAAUAAGAUCAAUUGGAGGGUUUUCUGCCAUUCUCCAAGUCUAAAUCCUAUCAAGUUUGAAUACGUGAUGAGCAAUGGAUGGAAAAUACAAGGUUUGUUGAUGAUUUGUCUUUUUGCCGUAAAUUCCUAG